CAAAACUUAGGAGUUGCUGAGCAGGCGAUGUCCAACGGCUGCAAGGACUACUACUAGUGCACAUGCAAGUAUCGGUCCUCCUCUGCAGCAUACGUCAAGGCGUCCUUUCAGUCAAAGCUCAAUGAUUGUCCACUUUGCGACUCACAUAUCCGUGCCUCUGGAUCGUAGCAGCCACAGUUUAAUAUUUGUGGCCGGCAACAUUUCUUUCGUUUGAUAAUACAACCCUAUACCGGGCAUGGAAUUCAUCGCAUGGAUAUGUCUUUCCUGGGGACUGGUAGUGCAGGCCGCACCUCUGUCAAAAGAGGACGCACUUGAGAUCAGGAAUAACGAGAAUAUACACAUCAUAACUGGCGAGCCGGCCAGAGAUCGGACAAUAUUCGUGGUCGUGGCUAUCUUUUGCACAACAAUCCUUGCCUUCCUGCUGGGAUCUCGUAUACGCCGGUUGAAUCGAGGCAUCCGAUCAAGACGAAACUUUAUGGCACCCCUCCUCCUCGCCAUAUACAUCACGGUCGCAUGCUACAUCAUUAUAUCCGCAGCAUUGGUGUCUGGGCAAGGGCUAUACACGUACAAGCUUUGCGACGCUGGGACGUGGGUGUGCUUAAUGUUCUACAUCAUGGCCAAAGGUUUCGUGUACGCCUUUCUGGUUGAACGCGUCCACAUCGUCCGCGCGCCUUUCGUUAGCCGCGGCAAAGAUAAGGUCUACAUCGCCUGCCUUGUUCCCGCGAUGAUCAUGUAUACCGGCAUAUCCCUUAACUCGUAUUUCUGGCGCGUCACCGCAAUGCACGAGUCGGAUGGCCGUUGUCACUUUGGCAUCGAGAGCCAGGCGUCGAUACCGAUCCUGAGCGUCAACAUCAUCACGAACGUUGGUCUUACUGGUGUGUUCUUCUACCUCCUGCGACCAAUUAUCAAACUUCAUGGCAUGCCCACCGUUUCUGCUGCACUCUCGCGGACCAGCAAAACAGAGCCAGUAAUUGCGAGAGGUGAGACGGCCGUCCAGAGGAACAUCAAGACUUUGUUAACGAAGAGCAUCAUCGGCGCAAUCUUGAUCGAGCUUCCCGUGGCAGCGAACAUGAUACAGUUCCUCGUCACAGGUGGCAGGGAAUUGGGCAUGAUGUGUUUGGCCUUCUGUAUGGGCGACGUGUUCUGGGAUGCACUGGUCAUUCACUGGCUAACUUUUGGGUCAUCGGCCGCGGCCGAGAAGGAUUUGCUACGCUCGACAGACGCGAGCUCAAGGCGGGCAUUGACAAGACAGCAAAGCAAUACUCCAUCAAGAGCAAGUAGUCAGCGAGAGGUGAGGGAAGUACCAGUGAAAGCACCUGAGCCGGCGUUUGCGCAAGCUCCGGAUCCUGAGAUGGCAAUUUGCCAUGAAUCAGCCAAAGGGCCGUUCUCGUUGCGGCGAUGAGACACGCAACAAUACACAUGAUUCCA